CGCGUCACAUGAAAUCGCUUCUCUCCUCUACACAGCAGUAUAUCCACACCCAAUCCGACGACUCGGUGCAUGUCGGGACGAACAAUCGCAGCUCACCACCAGCAAGACACCUCUCAAUUCUUUAAAUGAAUUGUUUAAUUUUUUAUUUAGAAUUAUUAAUCAAACAAUCAACUUUUUUCUGUAAAUCUGCGGAAGUCCCUGGAGAGAUCGAGUUCAAUUGGUCUGAGGAGGAGCUAGCUAAGCUCUGCCAUGGCGGCCGCCGUAGCGUUCUAUGUGGCCACCGGUUUCUCGCCGGCUCUCCGUCGAGAAGUGAAAUCAGCUCACCGGCACGCCGGUCCGACUCGGCGGAGCGCCGUGUCCGUCGAGCAUCAGCAAGCGCCGGCGAGCGGAAUCUACGAGAAUGUAACGCGAAGGCACGAAGCUGAGAAGGCGGUUUCGAAGCCUCCGGAGAACUCUGAUGCGCCGGAGAUCGAACGGCGUGGGUUGAAGGACUACUUCGAGGAGUCAAAGAGUUUGAUUAAAUCGGACGGCGGUCCGCCUAGGUGGUUCUCGCCUUUGGAGUGCGCGUGUCGCGUGAGCAACUCUCCUCUGCUUCUCUUUUUGCCCGGGAUUGAUGGAACUGGACUGGGGCUUAUUUUGCAUCAUCAGAAGCUUGGAAAGAUUUUUGAUAUGUGGUGCUUGCAUGUUCCGAUUAUGGAUCGAACACCAUUUACAGAACUGGUGCAGUUGGUUGAAAUCACAGUUAGGUCAGAAUUUAAACGUACCCCAAGCAGACCCAUAUAUCUUGUUGGAGAAUCUCUGGGAGCAUGUCUUGCACUGGCUGUUGCUGCUCGCAAUCCUGAUAUUGAUCUUAUACUAAUUUUGGCUAACCCAGCUACAUCAUUUGGCAAGUCGCUGCUGCAACCUCUAAUACGUUUGUUGGAAGUCAUGCCUAGCCCCAUGGAUCUUAGCCUCCCUUACAUUUUGAGCUUAAUGACAGGUGAUCCUUUAAAGCUGGCCAUGGCUAAUGUGGAGAAAGGAAUACCUGUGCCGCAUGCAGUUGGAGAGCUACCCCAGGGUCUUUUUGCAUUGUCAUCUUACCUUCCUGUUCUGGCUGAUAUUUUACCCAGAGAAACACUUCUCUGGAAACUAUGGAUGCUGAAAUCAGCUUCUGCCUUUGCCAAUUCACGUCUCCAUGCUGUUAAGGCUCAGACACUAAUACUUUCCAGUGGAAAGGAUCAGUUGCUACCGAGCCAAGAGGAAGGCACAAGACUGCGUCGUGUGCUGCCAAAGUGUGAGAUUCGUCAGUUUAGUGAGAGUGGUCAUUUCCUCUUCUUGGAAGAUGGUGUUGAUUUGGGUGUGACCAUCAGAGGUGCAGGUUUUUAUCGCCGUGCAAGAAACCAAGACUAUGUAGCUGACUACAUACCUCCAACCAUAUCAGAAUUCAAAAAAUCAUUUGAACCUUUCAGAUGGAUUGAUGUGGCUACCGCACCUGUGAUGCUCUCAACUGUAGAUGAUGGGAAGAUAGUGAAGGGCCUUGCAGGAAUACCUUCUGAAGGACCAGUAUUAUUUGUUGGCUACCACAUGUUACUGGGAUGGGAAAUAUAUCCCUUGGUAUCUCGAUUUUUUCUAGAGAAGAAUACCAUUUUGAGAGGAAUAGCACAUCCGAUGACAUUUGUCAAAUUGAGAGAUGGAAGAUUACCAGAUUUAUCAACAUUCGACAUAUUCAGAUUUAUGGGUGCAGUACCUGUCUCAGCUGUGAACUUCUACAAACUACUUUCUUCAAAGUCUUAUGUCCUUCUAUAUCCAGGAGGAAUGCGUGAAGCUCUUCAUCGGAAGGGUGAGGAAUACAAGUUGUUCUGGCCAGAACAGUCUGAAUUUGUGAGGAUGGCAGCCAGAUUUGGAGCCAAAAUUGUACCUUUUGGUGUGGUUGGAGAAGAUGAUAUUGCUGAAGUAUUCUUUGAUUAUGAUGACCUAAAUAAAAUUCCUUACUUCAAGAGAGAAAUAGAAGAAUUAACAAACGAGGCAGUGAAGCUGAGGAGUGGCAUGACUGGGGAGGUUGCAAACCAAGAUAUACACCUUCCGCUGAUUCGACCAAAACUCCCGGGACGUUUCUAUUUCUUGUUCGGAAAGCCAAUUGAGACGGAAGGGAGGAUGCAAGAAUUGAAGGACAAGGAGAAUGCCCAAGAACUGUAUUUACAUGCCAAGUCUGAUGUCGAGCAAUGCAUUGCUUAUUUGAAGGAAAAGAGAAAGAAUGAUCCAUAUCGGAAUUUGUUGCCCCGGCUGAUUUACCAAGCCACAACAGGCUUUACUUCCGAAGUUCCAACAUUUGAACUAUGAUCGUUGCCCCCUUGUAGGACAGUUUCUUCUCUACAUUCAUUCAUCAAAGGCCCUUAUGAUUUGCUAGGGACAGCGGUAGCUUCAUUGCAUAGCGUAUACUUGCAUAGCUCAUAUUGGUCACUGGCCAUGGAUGAAUAACUUUUCAGAAGCUCAGAAAUGUCGAGGAUUUGUGAUUUUCGAUCGAAUGAACCAACAAAUAAUCUGGCAGAGGCCACUCGCAUUGGGAAUAAUACUGAAAUCUCUCUUCAAAUUCAACAAAUUGCUCAAAAUUUUGGAAAAUUCUAGAACUAUGCUUUAAUGUGCAUCGCUAGGUUGUCGAGUCCAACCCCUUUUUAUUUGCUAGAGCUCUUCUGUACAAACUUGAUAAAUGGAAUAAAGCAUGUGAUGUUUCAUUGUGCCCA